AUGUUUACGGAAAAUACUCUGCUGAAUGAUGAGCCAAACCUUGCAAAUCAACAUUCAGCCCACUUUUUGCAUCCUCCAAAUGUCAGAGUUGCAACAGGCUGUAGGCAGGCCUUGGCAUAUGCCGGUUUCGAGACAGUGGAGGUCACCGGGCUGGCCGAUCACCAAGAUUUUGUAUAGAGAAAAUUCGACUUCAAAAACCUUGUCCAGUCGUGUUUAGAAGCAGAGUCUGUGCUUAGUGCGGAGCUAGAUGAGAUCAAAUCGGAGGGGAUGACAAAAAACUGCUGCCUCCAAAAUGGUUUCCACGAUGUUUCUAAGGCAUGUUCUCGACCUUUGCCC